UCAUAUACAGCAGCAGAAGCAGAAUCCUCUUUCUUCAAUCCAUUCUGCAUUUUACAAUUAAGGGAAACAGACUUUGGAACCUCUGAAUUACUUUACAAGAGCAACAAAAUGUUGAAGAGCACAAAUGCAAAUGAGGCUGCAGCCAAGAUAACAGCUCUCGUCGUAGAUGACAGCAGGAUCAACCAAAGUAUUCACCGCAGGCUCUUGGAGAAUCUUGGCAUUGAAAACCAAGUCGCAGGUAACGGAAAAGAAGCUGUUGAUGUCCACUGCUCUGGCAAACAGUUUGAUCUUAUACUGAUGGACAUGGACAUGCCUAUCAUGAAUGGCAUUGAGGCCACCAGGACACUGCGUGCAAUGGGGAUUCGAAGUACGAUUGCUGGUGUAUCAUCACAUGCUCACAACGAAAAUAUACAAGAGUUUGUGAAUGCAGGACUAGAUGACUACCAAGAGAAGCCCUUAACCAUUUCUAAGCUAGUUUCCAUCCUCCAGAAGGUGAAUAUCAACUAGUGCAUGUUUGAACUUCAUAUGGAUUACUAGAGGAGAAAAGAAUGUCAUAUUUCUCAUGUAACACUGACCAUGACGAAUUAGUAUCUUGAAAUGUUAUAUGAUUAAUUGAAGCAGUUGUAUAAUCAAAGAUAAUUAGUAUCUGGAAGUAUUGCAUGUUCAUGUCCAGAAGGUGAAUAGCAACUAGUGCAUGUUUGAACUUCAUAUGGAUUACUAGAGAAGAAAAUUAAGAAUGUCAUGUU